AGAACCUAAAAGAAUGCUGAAUUAGAUAUUCUACAAGUUUUUAAUUUUAAUAUUCUGUCAGAAGCAAUUGACUUUACCCAUUUUCUCUCUUCUCCAAAACAUCCAGAAGCAUUUCCUUUAUGGUUUUUACAGCAACAUGUUAGGUGCAAGUCAAAGAUUCAGUGAAGUUUUAUUUCCUGUUGGCUGUUUCCUUUCUUUCCUGUUUCCAAAGUCACUUUGCUUUUAAUUUAUGAUUUCUAGCAGCCUGACGAGAGUACAAGAUAUGGGCUGCAGUUUUUAGGACCCGUGGGGGCUGAGCUUUUGGUACUUUCUGGUAGAAGCUGAAGCAGGUUACUGUGGAUGAGAAGCUGACAACAAAUUGGAGAAGGCAAAGAAGUUGCAUGCAGAGGCAUGUGUCCUCAAGUGAAUACAAAAUGGAGUGACAAAUGCUUUUGUCCAUAUCUUACUAAGGCCAACUUCCCCAUUCAUCAAAAGAAAGCCUUUAAGGUACAGGUUCCUGGCCUUGUUAUCAGGGUCUAUCACCUGAGGAAGCAUUUCCUGUGCCCCACCCUCCAUCAGAAGUGUGGUAUAGGAAAGAAGAGGAGAGACAAAAGCUAUGUUGAAACAGUCUACCUACGGGGGAAUCUGUGAAACCAUAUAAACUCAGGUCAUCUGGAAAUAUCCUUGCUUGACCUUCUGCUCAAGGCAGUUUGCCCUAUUCAAAGGCUGGACUUCAAGAAGAUUAUUCUUGAUGUUUACAUUUUACCAAGAUUCAGGUGCAUCACCUCAUCCAUGCCAACAGAUUUGUUACUGUGGAGGUCUGACUGGACACUUGCAUGUCUUCCCUUCUGGAGCCUGUGACCAGUAACAUAGUGAACAACAGCUUUUAAAUAAGUAUUGCCAUCUGCAUGAGGUGUAAUGUUGAUCAUCUAAUUAAGUUCUCUUUACUUGCUUCUGCAAAAUGGAGUUAGGUUUCCCAUGUGUGUGUCUGGGAAAGAAAAGUUGGAAAAUGAAGGAAUCAGUAAAGUCCAAACAUGAGAUACCAGUAAACUAGGGGACAUUUUUAAUUAAAAGAACUCUGAAGAAUCAAUAUUAUGAAAGUGAUUUGGUCAUCUGAACUUGUCAUGGAGGAAACCAAUCAGCUGCAAACAAACACUCUUCUUCAGAUGUCUGUGUGACUAAGAGCAGUUUGUUCUGUAUCAAUUUGAAAACCACCAACAUGACCCGCUAUAGAAAAUAUUUUCUCAUUUCUAGGAGGUGCUCCUUGAUGUGUAUUUUCUUGAUUGGCUCCAUCUGUUUUCUAGGGAUAUAUUUGUUUUUCGUUCCUAAGACUUUUAAUUACUUUGCUGUUUUAGCAAAAAUCAAAGUUAAAGAAAACAUUGAUUUGAGCUUAAUAGAAAGAUCUACAUUUCCUGCCAAAGAAUAUGACAAACCUGAGACGGCAAAAAAACCCAUUUCCUUCAAAAGCAAUGUUUCCAGCUUCAAACAAUUCUUACUAAACAGGAAAGUAGGGGAACUAACUGUAAAUGCGGCACCAUUUGCUAGUGAACUCGAUUACAUUCCAUCCUUUAGGUUUGUUAUUAAUGAAAGAGAUAUAUGUAAUGAAAUAACUCCUUUUUUAAUACUAUUAAUAGCAACCAAAGCUGACGAAAAGCAGCACAGGGAAGCCAUCAGGAAAACCUGGGGAAAUGAAUCUGUGGUUCCAGGAAUAAAGGUUGUUCGCUUAUUUAUGUUGGGUGUUAACAGCAAAGAGCAAAAUGAAGCCCUACUGAGGGAAAGCAGUCAAUAUCAUGACAUCAUUCAACAAGACUUUUUGGACACCUACAAGAACCUAACUCUUAAAACCAUAAUGGGCUUGAAGUGGGUUGCCGCCUACUGUGGUGGUGCAAAUUUUGUCAUGAAAACAGACAGUGAUGUUUUUGUUAAUACAGAAUAUUUAAUACAAAGGCUCCUAAGACCACUUAUGCCUCCUCCACAGUAUUAUUUCACUGGCUACCUUGUAAGAAAUGGUCAGCCUCAUCGAAGUAAUGAAAGCAAAUGGUACGUGCCAAAGGAAAUCUACUCAGCUGAACGCUAUCCUGAUUUUUGUUCAGGAACUGGGUAUGUUUUAUCUGGAGCCCUGGCUUCAAAAAUUGUCAAUGCAUCUUUAAAAGUCAAGUAUAUAUACUUGGAAGAUAUUUAUGUAGCUCUUUGUCUUGAACACGAGGGAAUUGAUAUCGUACCCCCACCUGAAAACUAUUUGUUUAAUUCAUAUAAAGUCCCAUUUUCUCCUUGUACAUACAACAGACUGAUUACCUCCCAUGGAAUUUAUCCAGAUGAACAGAUAACAUACUGGGAAACAUUGCAAAGUAACAAAUAUGUCUGUGGUAAAUAAAGCAAAUGUAUGGCAGAGAUUGUCUGGGAUUACAAUAUUGGCUUCUACAGUAUUUCAGCCUUACCAUUGCUGAAUAAAAACAACGAGGAGUCCGGUGGCACCUUAAAGACUAAUAGAUUUAUUUGGGCAUAAGCUUUCAUGGGUAACCCCCCCCACACACACACACUUCUUCACAUGCAUGGAGUGAAAAUUACAGA